CAAACACUCACCACACACGCUCAAAAUCAAGGAGGGAGUGUGAGAUUUGACAGAGGGAGGAGGAAAUAUAAAAUCCUGCACAAUAGAAUUGCAGGAGUUAUUUUUGUCAUGAUUGCAGUGAGUUUGACAAGCAAAGUGUGUGUGUUGCUUUGUGUUUGAGGAUCAUCAGCAUGGCGUGGAGGUGGUGGGCUCUUCUCGCCGUCGUUUACCUGUCCAACCUGCAAGCGGCCGCUCGGCACCAGAGGAAAGCUCUGUAUCCGUCUGCGUACUUGAUAAAGCGUGGGGCGUACUCCCUGAUCAAUCCCACCUUCCUGCACUCAGAGGACGACGCUGAGCUGCUGUUUGAGAUUCUUCUUGCCGGAAUGCAGAUCCAAGGUGAAGAGCGCCCCCUGCUGAUCCCAGAUGAGGAGCUGGCCUCCCUGAGCAGCGUGAAAACACUAGAAGUUAUCUGCGAGGAUGUGCUGCCGAAGAAGCUUUCCGAUAUCCGCCGCCUUACGGCGGAGCUGGCCCAGCGGCGGCGACCGCUCGACUGGCAGGACUUUGAGAGAACAGUGCUGACUUUAGUCUACAGCUCACAGACACUCCGCCAGAUCAGCAACCAGCACCAGAAGGAGCUGUGGAUGGAGACGCUGGUGCAACUGGUGCGUGCGGUUCAACGAGACCUCACACCGUCCUGAGAAAAACUGAGCUUCCGUCUCGAUACUUUAUGGUUCUGUUAGGUUAAGACAGCAGCUUGUUAGGGACAAUAUAGAUAGAAAAAGAUGAAAUACAUUCCUGCCAAAAAUUUUUGAAAUGUUGAGAUUAAUCUCAGAAAUGUUCAAGAAGAAACUAGGACAUUUCUAAAAGACUAAAGUUGAAAAUUUUAACUUUAAUGGCUGCAGUAGUUUGACCCUUGCCCUGCCUGUUUGAUGUCUUCAAAUAACUUUCAACGUUUUUCUCUGUCUAGAAAGGAUUUCUCAGCUCAUUUAAACGACUUCCAAAAGCUAUUUUACAUAAAAAGCGAAUAGAUUCUCAGCGCAUCCAUAUCCUUGAUUGCUCAUUUAAAGAAAUGUCUGAAUGUUUGCUUCAAAGGGCUCAAUUUUUCCCCACUUAAUGCCGAGAAAGGGAUUUCUUCUAAUAAGGUAUUUGUUGAUUACUUAUUUCAGAGUUGGUGGAGGAUAGUUAUGGGUCUUUUGAGUGGUUUUCUCUCCUUCAUGGAAUUAGUUUUGCUUUCACUUUUAUUUGUUUUAUGCUUAUACAACAAUUUUCAGGUUUCAUUUUUAUUUUAGACCUAGUAAAAAAAUGGAAAAGAAUAAAGAACAAGAUAUUCAGGCUCUUUCUGGUUAUAACUUGAAACUGUAAUAACAUUGGUGCUUAUUGUGCAGCAUUUAGUGUGAAAACAACAAAAUAACACAACAAUAAAGGAUUUAUUGUCCAUUUUGUUUCUGAUGCAGAUUUAGAAAAACAAAAUUAUUAUUAUUAUUAUCCAUAUUUAGUGAAGAGUGUAACUCCGAGUCAUUUAUCCACUUUGUGGAUAAGAAGCUGAAAUGUUUCAGGAACAGAACCAGGAUGAUUCUGCGCUAAUGUUCGUGUUAAGUGAGCGCCACCAAGUGGCUGCAUGCGGAAGUGCUGUUUUCUAACACAGCUGAUGUUUUUACACUGUGGUCAUUUCUGUUUUAUACCCACUGGAGAAAUUAAACCAAAAUUACAGCAAUCAAUCUUAGCAUUUACUAUUUAUCAAAAUAUGUGCUGCGAAAUGCAGAGGCAAGUUAAAAUUUGACAUGUUGCUUGAUGAAAUUUAUGAAUUUUCAGACAAAUGAGAACAAUCUUUUUUAUAUAUGCUCUGUCUUUUUAUUGAUACAGAAUAAAACAGAAAUUUCAAUUCAUUGUUAAUUCAGUGGUUCAUUUUGUUAAAUUAAUAUUUCUUCUGACUAUUCUUGCAGAAA